GGACCGAAGCGAGCAGAGGUUCGGCGUCGGCUUGAACGACCGACCAACCAACAUCUGGAAAUUUCAUAACCCUCGUACAAUCUCCUUCAACUGCCUUGACAACAACUCGAUAGUCUCACUCUCUUCACGUUCGUUGAUAUACCCUCCGUCUGGUCCUCACUCUCAAUCACCCCUGUCUAGGCCCCCACUCAGCUACUCCGCGAAAGCAACGCCGAACGACCCAAAAAAAGUUUCGAAAAGCCAAUCAUGUCGAUACCAGCACUCCCCCCUGUCGCCAGGACAGCGGCCCAGCCGGCAAGACCGGUUGGAGGACAAAAGAAGCCGUAUCCUUUCAUGCUCGGAGGUUUCGCUUCGGGCAUGGCAACAUGUUUCACGCAUCCUCUCGACCUGACAAAAGUCCAGAUGCAGACUGCCAAGGCGAACGAUAAGAGCACGAUUGGGUUCAUUGGAGGGAUCGUCAAACAGCACGGAGUAAGAGGAGUGUAUGAUGGAUUGACGGCUGCGAUGCUCCGAGCCUUGUCAUACUCGACAUUCCGUUUCGGAGCGUAUGACUUUGCCAAGAACCAUUUCCUCUCCCCCAACCCGGGUCUGGUCUCGAUGAUCGGAGCCAGUGCUGCUGCAGGUGGAAUGGCUGGGUUGUUGGGUGUACCGGCUGAGGUCGUGUUGAUCAGGAUGGCUUCGGAUCGAGCAAAACCCAUCGGAGAGAGGUUCAUGUACCGGAAUUGUUUCCAGGGACUAUACAGGAUUGUCAAGGAUGAAGGUGUCUUGGCUCUCUACCGUGGAUGGCAGCCCAACACUGUGCGAGCGAUCUUGAUGAACGCUUCCCAGUUGGCUUCCUACGACGUGUUCAAGAAGAUGUUGCUGGGCAUCAAGGGGUCGAGGGAUGGUCCGAUCUUGCAGUUUGGCGCUAGUUUCUUGGCCGGGACCGUCGCUACCACCAUCUGUGCUCCCGCUGAUGUCGUCAAGUCAAGAGUGAUGGCCGCCAAGGGCGGAGCCAGCAUACCCACCAUCAUCACGACUGCCGUCAAGCAAGAAGGUCUCAAGUUCUUCUUCCGAGGCUGGACUGCCGCUUGGGUCCGUCUAUGCCCGCAAACGGUCCUUACCCUUGUGUUCCUCGAACAACUCCGCGCGGGUGUCGAUGCUUACCGUGCCAGGGUGUGAUCGUCGGUAUCGACCGACCCUUCUACAUCGGUAGAUGUGCAUGUGUGUGGUGUAUCAUGGGCCAUAAUCAAAUCUAUAGAUGUGUACAGACCUUCAUACCACUUUGACAAUGGCCAAUGGCUGGAAUUCCGAAAGAGGAUUGAUCACGUGAUUUGUUGCGUUGGCCUCGGCGAUCAAGUGAUCGAGAUGGCAGAAAUCGUGUUGUUGGUACGGUAAAGUAUAUGUGGCCAUGUGGACAUUCUACUUUCUACGUCUAUUAGCCUGUAUUCAUACUCUAUCACUGUCUACGAUGUACGGUGACCAUAAUGGCA